GAGUUUUCCAGUACUUUCUAGAUCCAGCGAGAAGCCCACGUAAACCUGGGGAGUGAGACACCAGCGGCUGUACGCACGACGAGGACCGGCAGUCAAACAAACAGUGGUUGACUCACUUCGAUUCUCCAUUGAACAAAGUGUGCACCCCUUGUGUCUGGGCACAGGUGGUAUAAUCCGACCCAUAAGAACCGCUGCUGUCCACGCGCUCGCCUCACUGUAAAGAAAUCGUUAGACAGGUUCUUUUACGUUUAUCUAAAACUGAUCAAUACAAUGGAGUGGACACCGAUGGAAAUCAACCCUGAGAUGCUGAACAAGAUGAUGGAUAAACUGGGCGUGGGCGGAAACUGGCGCUUUGUGGAUGUGCUUGGACUGGAGGGCGAUCAACUGUCCGCCGUGCCCAAACCAUGCUGUGCCUUGAUGCUGCUCUUCCCCUUGACACAACAGCAUGAGUCCUUUAGGCAGCAGCAGGCAGACAAAGUGGCAGCUGACUCUGGGGUGUACUUCCUGAAGCAGACUGUGGGCAAUUCCUGUGGCACCAUCGCCCUGCUCCACUCCGUAGGCAACAACAAGGGCAAGAUGACGUUCAAUGAUAGCUCCGCCUUAAAGAAGUUUCUGGAUGACACUGCUGGUAUGUCUGCUGAGGACCGUGCCAAACAAUUUGAGGGAAAUCAGGCGAUCAAAGAAGCACACAAUAAUGUUGCUGCACAAGGACAGUGCAGGCCUGAAGCUGAUAAAGUCAACUUCCACUUUAUUGCCUUUGUUAAUGUGAAUGGAGAACUUUUUGAAUUUGAUGGAAGAAUGGAUGGAGCAGUGAGCCAUGGGGCUACCAAUGAUGACACUUUUGUAAAGGAUGCUGCGAAAGUGUGCCGGGGCUUUGUGGAAAGGGAAAAAGGUGAAGUCCGGUUCUCUGCUGUGGCUCUCUGUCAAAGUUAAGCACCAUUUAAAAAAAAAAAAAAAAAACGAAUGGAAUGCCCAUGCCCUGAAGCAUUUAGAUGUCCUGUCACCUGUACACAUGCACUAUGCACUGUAAAGGGCAUUUGUUUCCACCAAUUGUCCUGUGUUGAACAAAGCAUUCUUGAGCAUAUAAUGUGUUCACUGUUAUACCUUUUUGUGUUUAAGCCUUAUGUAUGUUCAGCAGUGACCAACACUGCGUGUUUAUGUUUAGCACUUUUGUACGUCUGCAUCUGUGGUAAAUGGAUGCUUAAAUGCCUUGUGAGCCAACCAGUUUAAAGUUGGUUUGUGGUACAUGAUUCUACUGAUAAUCCUGGAUAGUUCUUGAAUGACUGUUGUGAGUUGAGGGCCAAAUUAUUUGUGCACAAGUCUCCACUAUUAACAUGCGCACACAUUUUCCAAAUCUUCAUGUACCAAUGAUAGAAAUGGUUGGAAUUUGCUCAAAGCAAUCAGUUGGACAUUGAUUGUAAACCCACAAUACAAUUUGGGUAAGUUAGACUUGAAAUUGACGAUUGCCCGUAAUGUUGAAAAACUGCUUGUUUAAAUGUUGCUGAAAAUUGUUGAAAUAAAUCAUUCAAGUUGAAAUUUCAA